CGAGAAUGGAGAAGAUCCAUGGGUUUAAUUCCCAAGUUAGACCCAUGGCGGGAAGAACACGAUAUGGCAUUGAGAAUGUCCAAGCUAUUUUAUAGAUAAAUAAUAUAUAUAUAAAAAAAGAAAGAGUAGUUAUUAAUUUACAAUAAAUAUUAAGGCCAAACUAUAACCAUUGAACGAACUUUUCAAUUAAACUUGAAAAGCCAUUUUAUCUAUUUAGCCUAUUAGUCAUUACUAAUGCUUAAAAGUGAAUCAGUCUUCACAGCUGUUAAAAAUAUUUUAGCUUAAAUUUAGUUAGUUUAAAAAAAUUACUUUUAGAAAGAUUUUAUUAAUUUUUCAGUCGAAACUGCUGUCAAUAUAUUAUAUAUAAAAAUAUUUAAAAAUGGAAGACAGAAUGAACAAGGAUAAAUUGAUGAUCGUAAAAAAUGACCUGAAUGAUAUGGAGGAACUGCUGAAUGGCAUUAAAGUCGAAAAGGCAGACGACACUGGCCGAAUGGACGAAAAAAAAGUUUGGACUACACAUGAAAAUAUGGCUGUCUUGAAGAUACUACAGAAAAAGCUCUCACUGGUUCAUAAUCUACUGCUCCACGAAGAAGAUACAAUAUACUCUUCCGACUAUGCAUUUGAACCAGGUAAGUCGACAACACUUGAAGAGGUCGAACUUCUGAAGGACCAAUACGAAAGGAUCUUCCAACAGUUUAAUAAUAUAAUUUCUAAUGUUAAUAAUAAUAAUAAUAAUAAUCAGAGUGGUGAUGAUAAUAGUAGUGAUAACUGUGACGACGAUGAUGAUAAUAUUCCAGGAACGACAAACAUCAUCAGUUGUUCGUC